GCCCUGGCGGCCGCGUGUCCGGACCCAAGCCCGCCGUCAUCUUGCAAAGACAACCCUGAGGGCAGCAUCACUGCGUCGUUGCCUCCUCAAUCACCACCCUCUCUCGGCUCGCCAUGGUCUGCCCACAAGCUGCCCGUGAUUCCCCAUAGCAGAUCCUUCCUCCCCCUGGCUACGCUCGCCGCCGGCGCCCGCGACAAUGGCCCUCCCCGAAAUCGGCUCCGACCUCUCCGCCUGGGCUUCCUCCCUCCCGACCGAAUUCCUCCUCGCAGAACUGUCCCGGCGCCAAGAUGGCGACUCCGCGGGCGCGACCGACACAGCCGAGCCGCCGCAGCCGGCCUGUGGCACCAAAGAGCGCGGUGCAUACGACACGCCUUUGCAUGUCUUUGCACUCGUCUUGAUCCUCACAUUAAGUACCAUCGCUUGCGGAUUCCCCCUCUUCUCCCGGCGAUCCUCGAAAAGCCGGCGGACCAGCUACUUUGUCUUUCUGUGCCAACACUUCGGCACCGGCGUCCUCAUCGCGACCGCGUUCGUGCACCUGCUGCCGACAGCAUUCGUGUCCCUCACGAACCCCUGCCUCCCAUAUGCCUUCAGCGAGGGCUACCAGCCCAUGGCCGGCCUCGUCGCCAUGAUCUCGGCCAUGAGUGUCGUCGUUCUCGAGUCGUACCUGACCACCAGAGGCGCCUCGCAUCACCACCAUCACCAUGGCUGGGAAUCGGACGACGAGGACGUCAACAAUAAGUUUGGAAGUGAUCAAGGGCCUGGACUACCGAACGGCAACAACCACAAGACAAGCGGCCUUGCCGCGAGCAGAAACGCUAGUCAUAGACCGUCCGACAUUGCCAUGGGCGAUGUAGGCGCGAGCCAGGGUCUCAUGGCAGACGUGUCCCCCAUGCCCGGCAUGACUCCGGUAGUCGACACAACGCCAGCGAGUCCGGGCGACCCCCAUAGAGCCAAACUCCAGACCGACAGCGACAGCGAAGACGACGAUCUCGACCUCGACAUGGACGAGCUCGACCCGACGACCGCAGAAGAGUCACGAUCCCUCGCGCCGCAGGCUGCUGGUGCCGCCCGGCAACGACGACACGACGACCAGCACGACAUUGCCGCACAAGGCCCGAGCUCUCCCGAGGAGCAGAAGCGGCUCAUGCUGCAGUGCAUGCUCCUCGAAGCCGGCAUCCUGUUCCACAGCGUCUUCAUCGGCAUGGCCGUCUCCGUCGCUACGGGCCCUCCCUUUGUCGUCUUCCUCACGGCCAUCGCCUUCCACCAGACCUUUGAGGGGCUGGCGCUCGGCUCCCGCAUCGCGGCCAUCAACUUCCCCCGCUCCUCCGUCCGGCCGUGGCUCAUGGUCCUCGCGUACGGCUGCACCACGCCCCUCGGCCAGGCCAUCGGGCUCGCCGUGCACACGCUGUACGACCCGAUGAGCCAGACCGGCUUGCUGGUGGUGGGCUUCAUGAACGCAAUCUCGAGCGGGCUGCUGCUCUUUGCAGGCCUCGUGCAGCUCCUCGCAGAGGACUUCCUGACGGAGAAGAGCUACAGAUCGCUGAAGGGCAAAGAGCGACUGCGCGCUGGUGGCGCGGUGCUCGCCGGUGCGAUGCUCAUGGCCCUUGUCGGUGCUUUCGCCUAGGCGACAUCGUGUGCCUCAAGAUUGUUCCAUUGUCUAUAAGAAUGUCUGCUAGUAUAUAUGCAAUUUGAAGGCUCAAGAUUUUGACAACACACAG